AUGUCGACUCCAGUUAAUGGCGCCGUCGGCGCUCCGCAGAACAAACUCCUCGACCAAGUCGUCCAACCUCCAGUUAGGAACCCUUCGCCGCUGCCCACACACCUCAGCCUCCCGGGCUCUGGACACUCCACACCACGGGUACUUCCCCGGGAAGGCCCUGGUGGCUCCGGAUAUGUUGCCCAGAAGUUCGAGGGCAAGGAGAAGCAGAUGGAGGAGGUCAUGGACCGCAUAGAGGAGAAGGGCUUCCUUCCUUCCGAGUUCGUCGAGACGGAGACAACUUGGUUUUACAACGAAUUGGGAAUUGAUGACAUGUACUUUGCGACCGAGACGGUCGACACAAUCGUUAACCACGUCCUGUCCCUGUACGCCGCCAAAGUUGCCGCAUACGCCCGCCAGGACAAGCGCAUCGAGAUUCGCUUAGAUAAGGAAGCCGACGAUCACGCUGUGUACAUUGAUACAAGCAGACCGGGGGUCUCAGUUGUCGAUGGUCCGCAAUACGAAAAACGCAUCGGUGAGAGGUAUCUUCACAGGUCCAAGGGUGCGGCGGGCUACCGUGUGGAGAGCUUCCGUUCCGCUAGCCCUCUGCCCGGCAGCCAGGACCAACAAUUGCGCUGUUACUUCGUGUACCAGUGCGACUUCGUUGAUCCAUCUCCAAGCGCUACCGAGACCAACAUCGAGAAAAUUGGAGAUAAGCGUUUCCUUCAGAAGGCAACUGCCAACACCAAGAAGAUUUACCAGGAAGCUUUGGAAGUUGCCGUGGAGCGAACAGGUCCCGUCAUCGAGUAUUUCGAUAUCGAAGGUUCUCGUGAUAAACGAUUGGUCAUUGCCUAUAAGCAGGGCACCGCCAUGGGCUUCUUCAGCGCUCUGAGUGAUCUCUACCACUACUACGGCCUCACCACGUCCCGGAAAUAUGUCGAGCAAUUCUCUAACGGCUAUACCUGCAUGUCUCUGUAUCUUCAGGAGAUGGCAGGAGCGGCUGGCCGCAAACACCCACCGAUUGAGGCAUCUGUCCACCAAAUCAUCAAGGAGAUCUCCUUGCUGUACUGCAUUCCCCCAGAACAGGUUCCAAGCACAUUUUGCUACUGGACGCCUGAGUCUACAGGAGACCAUCUAUGCCCACUUGCGCACGCUGAAUUGUUAUCGAAGCUGAAGAAGAGGUUGAGAACUGAAACAUUCACUGCCGACUACAUUCUUGAAAUCAUCAACGAAUAUCCGGAAUUAGUCCACAGCUUGUACCUUGCUUUUGCGAACACGCAUUACGUCCAAACGCGGGGUGAACAAGACGACUUCCUACCGACAUUGAGUUUCCUUCGCCUCAAGGUAGACAAGGUCCUCACCGACAGCGAACUGACAGAUGCGAUCAACAAGGUAGUCGUCAACGAGCACCACCACAUGGUCAUGAGCUCGUUCCGCAUCUUCAACAACUCCGUCCUCAAGACCAACUUCUACACUCCCACCAAGGUUGCACUGAGUUUCCGCAUGGACCCGAAGUUCCUCCCACCUUCAGAAUAUCCUCAACCCUUGUAUGGCAUGUUCCUUGUCAUCAGCUCGGAGUUCCGCGGUUUCCAUCUUCGAUUCCGCGAUAUCGCCCGUGGCGGUAUUCGCAUCGUCAAGUCUCGCAGCCAAGAAGCAUACGCUAUCAACGCGCGAUCCAUGUUCGACGAGAAUUACAACCUUGCCAACACACAGCAGCGUAAGAAUAAGGAUAUCCCGGAGGGUGGCUCAAAGGGCGUCAUACUACUUGAUUACCAUCACCAAGAUAAGGCACGUGUUGCUUUUGAGAAAUAUAUCGAUAGCAUUCUGGACCUUCUUCUCCGGCCAAUCAGCCCUGGUAUCAAGGAUCCUAUUGUAGAUCUUCACGGCAAGGAGGAAAUUCUCUUCAUGGGUCCGGAUGAGAAUACUGCUGACCUUGUCGACUGGGCAACCGAGCACGCUCGUUUCCGCAAUGCGCCUUGGUGGAAAUCCUUCUUCACUGGUAAAAGCCCCAAAUUGGGUGGUAUACCGCAUGACCGCUAUGGAAUGACCACCUUGUCGGUUCGUGAAUACGUCUUGGGUAUCUACCGCAAGUUGAACCUUGACCCAAGCAAGGUCAGGAAGCUGCAAACGGGUGGACCCGAUGGUGAUCUGGGUUCCAAUGAAAUUCUCCUUAGUAACGAGAAGUACAUUUCAAUCGUCGAUGGCGCAGGUGUUCUUGUGGACCCCCAAGGUAUCAACCACGAGGAGCUUCUUCGACUAGCCAAGGCUCGUGUCAUGAUCAACAAAUUCGAUGUCUCUAAGCUCUCUCCGGAAGGUUAUCGAAUCCUGGUCGACGAGAACGACGUCAGGCUGCCGAACGGCGAUCUUGUGCCUAACGGCACAACCUUCCGCAAUACCUUCCAUUUGCGACAUGGGGCCGGAUUGCAAUAUGACACUUUCGUCCCUUGCGGAGGUCGUCCUGAGUCCAUUGAUCUCACGACAGCCAACAAGCUCAUCGUCGAUGGAAAAUCGAUUAUCCCCUACAUUGUCGAGGGUGCCAACCUGUUCAUCACCCAGGAUGCCAAACUCAAGCUAGAGAAGGCUGGCUGCAUUCUCUACAAGGAUGCGUCCGCAAACAAAGGAGGCGUGACUUCGUCUUCUCUCGAAGUUCUCGCAUCCCUUACGUUCGACGAUGAAGGCUUCGCCAAGCACAUGUGUGUUGGUGAGGAUGGAACUCCGCCGCAAUUCUACAAUGACUAUGUCAAGUCGGUGCAAACUAUUAUCCAAAAUAACGCCAGACUUGAGUUCGAAGCUAUCUGGAGGGAACACCAGAAGACCGGCACCCCUCGUAGCAUCCUGAGCGACACCCUGAGCAUUGCGAUAACCAAGCUCGAUGAGGAGUUGCAAAAGACCGAUCUGUGGGACAACAUCGAGUUCAGGAAGUCUGUCCUCAACGAGGCUCUUCCGAACCUGUUGCUGGAGAAGAUUGGUUUGGAGAAGAUUAUGGAGCGGGUGCCCGACAACUACAUCCGCGCCAUAUUCGGCAGCUACUUGGCGAGCCGGUUUGUUUACAGUUACGGCAUCAACGCCAGCCAAUUCGCCUUCUUUGAUUUCAUGAACAAGCGAAUGGCUAAACUCAGCAUCAAGGCAUAA